GAAGUAGACACUCGUCACGUGAUCACUGGAACCAGUCGACCAAAACACUGAGCAGCAGCCGAGCAGCUUGUAAACAACUGCAGGAAGGUGUGUCAGCAGCCAACUCUCCUAACCGUCGAUUGUGCAAACUCUGAAGCUUCACUAAACCAUCGCCCACCUGUCCGAUAGACAGGCCGUCUCAAUGCAUCACAGAGGACCGAAAACACCGCGGAGAUCAUGGAUGUGCACGAUUUGUUUAUUAGCUGCAGAAAGGGCGACAUUUGCAGAGUCAGGUACCUUGUGGAACAGAGGGAUGUGGACCUCAAUGUAAGAGAUAAAUGGGACAGCACCCCAUUGUAUUAUGCCUGUCUAUGUGGCCAUGAGGAACUGGUCCAGUACCUGUUGGCUAGUGGUGCCAAGUGUGAAGCCAACACUUUUGAUGGUGAGCGAUGUAUGUACGGCUCUCUGAAUGACUCUGUCCGACGCCUGAUCAAAGACUAUAAGUGUGUCAGUGUCCGUGCCAUGCAAAGAGGAGAUUACAACUACUUCCUGCACUUGUUACUGGAGCAGGGUCAGUACAGCGACGUCAAGUUCCUGGUCCAUGGCCAAAUAUUUACGGCCCACCGAUGUAUCCUCAGCGCACGCUCGGAGUACUUCACCGAAAUGUUUGAGACCAAGUGGAAAGGGAAGACCUUGAUCACCCUCAAACACCCUUUGAUCAACCCUGCAGCUUUUGGAGCCAUCUUGCAAUAUUUCUAUACAGGACGGAUGGAUAUUGACAUAGGCCUUGUGGAGGACUCCCGACGACUCGCCAAGCAGUGCAAAAUGACAGACCUCAUAGAAGAGCUGGAGAAUAAAUGCAAACAGGUUUAUGAAUUUGUGUCGAACAAGCCAGGAGUCUGUGUGAAGGUCCUGAGUCUGGACUGUCAUAGCUGUCAACUUCAGGAGGAGAUGGCUCAGUUAGCAGAUUGUGCACUUCCCACUGAGCUGAGAGUGGGAUUUGGGGAACUUCCCUUUAACAGAGUUGACCGCUUCCCAACUUACCCUGAUAUAUGCUUCAAAGUCAAUGACUUCAAUUUCUUGUGUCAUAAGGCGUUUUUCUGCGGACGUAGUGAUUACUUUAAAGCCUUACUGGAGGACCAUUUCAGUGAAGGAGAGCAGCUGCAGUCUCAUCCCAGCACCCCAGUGAUAACUUUGCACAACAUUACCCAUGAAAUAUUUAUCCAUGUCAUGUAUUACAUCUACACAGAUAACGCAGAGCUAUCAGCAGAGAACGUGUUUGAUGUGCUGUGUGUGGCCGACAUGUAUCUGUUGCCUGGACUGAAGCGUAUUUGUGGGAAGACUCUGGCUAAGACCAUAUGUGAGGAGAACGUUCUAUACAUGUGGAAGAUGGCCAAGCUUUUCCGUCUCUCUCGGCUGGAGGAUCAAUGCACACAGUUCAUGGCCAAGAUAAUUGAUAAGCUGGUGGAGCAGGUCGAGUUUGCUGAGAUGGUCCAAGAAGAUGCUGCAUCCCUGGAGGAGCGACACGAGACUGACUCUGUGCCCCUUGUAGAUGAGAUCCGCUACCACAUUGCCAGCAACGUGCUGACAUACAGCGAAAUUGAGGAGGCCAAUCAGAAACUGGAGGCCUUGGAAGAGCUUCUCUGCAGCAUUAAUAUUGACUGCUAAGGAGUUGGCAGGUUCUGGUUUGUGGUUGCCUCAGAGUUUAAAUGUUCUUGAGAUGGAUGCUCAAGAAGGUGACAUAAAUAUAUGCCUUAGUAUGUUUUUAGGUUUUGUUUUAUUUGAAGUAUAUUGUACAGUAUAUAUAUUUUCAAAGGGUCUUCAGAUGUUAAUGGGGCAUAUUUAAAAAAAGAAAUCUUUAUGUUGGCUGUGAAAAGGGUCUCUGAGUGAGACUUAACUGUGAGACAAAAUAUUGGUUUUGAGCAAAUGAGGGUGUUUGUGAUUUUUAACAGAAUACUUUAGAAGGCCACAUGCAUUAAACUGUUUUAGGUGUUUUUUUAGUUUUAUUUCCUGCGAUACAGUCGAACCAGCUAUUUUUAAAAAUGUACCCCAACCAAUUUUAUGACUAUCAAUCACAUUAAACUCCAUGCAGUUUCAUGUUCUGAUUGAAAAAAAAACUGAUAAGUCUAUGGAAAGCACUAACACAAACUCUACAACUAAGAGUUGAAAGACAAACACUGGAUGUUUACUUCAAAAGUCUAAAAAAGAUUUUAAAAAAAUUGCAUUCAAACCUUUGUUUGAAAUUACAUGAGUAUGAUUUUAUGAUAUAUUUCAUGCCGAGAAAGCCAGUAACUUUUGAUUAGGGACAUGAUGAGCUAUGAUACCAGAACUUGAUUUCAAUGUUUGACAUGUAACAUUCCUCAACCACUAAUCAUAAUUCAAAUCCCUCUUUAAAAUGUCUCUACCUUUUGUGGAAAAAAAUACUCUGCUGCUCUGUAUGAAAGCAAGUCUAUUUUGCUUAGUGUGUGCACAAGAAAAUAAAGCGUUUUCAAAACUG